GGGUGUGACUGUGUAAUUACUACAGAGAGAGAGAGAGACAGAGGGAGAGAGAGAGAGAGGACGGGGGUUAGAAAAAAAGAGGGGAGAGGAAAAAAGUUGGAUCUGAUUUGCUGGAAUCGCGCAGGACCGACUGAAGGUGGAAGCGCUCGGUUUCAUAUCAGCUCUGGCUGGAAGCUUUUAGCAGGGGGCGAACCGUCCCGGCACUCUGCGCCCUGCGAAGCGCUGCGAAGCUCCGCGCAGAGAGAGAGAGAGAGAGAGGGAACACGUCGUAGCGGCGGAGCACGCACAGCUCCAAGUUGCUUCUUCUUCUACUUUUACAUGCCAGCUCCUGCGUAUUAAAAACACAAAUCCUAUUUUUUUUCCCCUCCGCGGUGGCGACAAUCUUUGGAUCGAGACUCUUCAUGGAUAUUCUUGGAUAAUUUCCCUUCGGAUUGCUGCUCCACACGCAUACACACACGCACACACACACAACACACACACAACACACACACACACACACACACACACACACACACACGCACACACUCACACACACACGCACACACACCGUCUCUCUUCUUGCAUGGUGCGCACCGAUCGGUCCAGGACGAUGGAGUGAUCGGAGGAAUUAGUCCACCUACAAUCACUUUUUCUUUCUCUGUGUGCUCAGCGCCGUCUCGACAUGUAUUCUCCGAUUUGUCUAACUCAGGAUGAAUUUCAUCCCUUCAUCGAGGCGCUUCUCCCUCAUGUCCGUGCCAUCGCCUACACGUGGUUCAACCUGCAGGCCCGAAAGCGCAAGUACUUCAAGAAGCACGAGAAGCGGAUGUCCAAGGACGAGGAGCGCGCCGUGAAGGAUGAGCUCCUGGGCGAGAAGCCUGAGGUCAAGCAGAAGUGGGCCUCCAGGCUGCUGGCCAAGCUGCGGAAGGACAUUCGGCAGGAGUACCGGGAGGACUUCGUCCUCAGCGUGACGGGCAAGAAGCCGCCGUGCUGCGUUCUGUCCAACCCGGACCAGAAGGGCAAGAUCCGCCGGAUCGACUGCUUGCGGCAGGCCGACAAAGUCUGGCGCCUGGACCUGGUGAUGGUCAUCCUCUUCAAGGGCAUCCCUCUGGAAAGUACGGACGGCGAGCGGCUCGUCAAGUCUCCACAUUGCACCAACCCAGCACUUUGUGUCCAGCCUCACCACAUAACAGUAUCGGUCAAGGAGCUGGACUUGUUUCUAGCAUACUAUGUCCAGGACCAAGACUCGCAGCAGUCAGGAAGUCCGAGCAACAAUGAGCCAGGCAAAACCCCUCUUCCAGUGUAUUUGGAAGACAGCUUCAUCAAAUCAGGAGUUUUCAGUGUCACGGAGCUGGUGCGAGUGUCCAGAAUGCCGAUCACCCACGGCGCAGCGGUACCCUUCUCCAUGGCGGACAUGCCCAGCCAGCCCUACUAUCAUGACCUGAACUCCAGCGUGGCACUACAACGCUCCCUGUCCUCCCCGCCUGGCAGCAAAAGGCCCAAAACCAACAUGGAGGAGAACAUGGAUACCAGCCCGACGGGACCCGACUUCUACUCGUCGCCCAGCUCACCAGCCAGCAGCCGGGCGAACUGGCACGACAGAGACGGAGCAGAGAUGUCCUCUCCCACAAUGAAGAAGCCAGAAAAGCCGCUGUUCAGCCCCACCUCCCCGCAGGACUCCUCACCACGACUCAGCACUUUCUCUCAGCCUCACCACCCGGGCCUAUCAGGUGUGGGACACAGUGUUAUAUCAUCGAGGAGCCCCCCUUCACACUCGCCCCUGCAGUUCUCAGCCUCGGCCAUCCUGCCUCCGGCGCCGUCGUCCUACUUCUCGCACCCCACCAUACGCUACCCGCCUCACCUCAACCCCGCCGAUCCCCUCAAGAGCUACGUGCCGUCGUACGACCCGUCCAGCCCACAGAGCAGCCAGCCUAACAGCAGUGGUCAGGGGGUUGGGAAGGUCCCAGGCCACUUCACCCCGGUUUUGGCUCCAUCCCCGCACCACGGCCCGGUGCGACCCGUCACUCUCUCCAUGCCCGACACCAAGCCCAUCACCACAUCAACAGAAGGCUACUCAACUCCUGGCACCCCAACGUCUAAUCGUUUUGUAGGCCUGAGUCCCAGAGAUCCCGCCUUUCUGCACCAGCAACAGCUGAGGAAGUGUGACUGGAGCGUGACUCAAAACGGCAGGCAUUAUGGCCCCAGUGCCACUGACGACACUUUGGGGAUUGCUUGGCAAAGUCCUGGUACCUGGGCGAGCUUAGUUCCAUUCCAAGUGUCGAACGGGACUCCGAUUCUGCCAACAAAUGUCCACCAGAACUACAGCAUAAACAUCAUUGGUGAACCGCUGGUCCCCGCCGAGUCCGGGAACUGAGCUCAUCGAGGCUUGACCCACCUCUGCCCUCCCCCCACCCAGGGUGGGAGGGUGGGGCAGAGCUAGCACUACAGGUGUCUGCAGCCAUGGAUGAAACCAGCAAAGCAGCAGGUGCUGCAUAAACCCCCUCCUCAUCAAUCUCCUCACCUUCGACCUCCCGACCCCCCCCAGUCUCACCUCUUCCACCUCCCCGCUCCCACUCCUCUUCCUCAUCCUGAUGAUGAUGAUGGACAAUGGCCCUGAAGUAAAGAUGAUGAGUGCACGGCUCAGAGGAAGGAAGAAAAGCUUCAGGUCUGAUGUCUCCUCGCACACAUCCACCCACCCACCCACCCACCCACCAGUCAGUUGUUGCGUUUGCAGAACUUUUUUCAAUCCAUCUGAAUACUGUGAUGUAUAGAUGCCUUAAUGUUUAAUUGCAUGACACUCUAGACUCUUGGCAGUAAUUCCUACUUAUUGUUCAACGUCAGAGGAAGGUGAAAACCAUUUUGAACGCCUCGCAACACACACACACACACACACACACACA